AUGCUACUUCAGAGUUCCAAUGUUGUACUAUUCGAGGAGAGCUACUGUAAAGAUGAGGAAGGGUAUGGAUGUAAACAUGAGAAUGGAUCAGAAGUCGAAUCCAAGCAGGAGCGCAAAGUUCAAAUGUACAGGUGCAACGAUUGCGACUACGAAACUAAAUACAAGAUGAAUAUCAAAAGUCAUCAGUCGAAACAUAAAGAUCCUUCGCAGGUUCAAAUGUACAGGUGUGACGAAUGUGAUUAUGAAACUGAAUUAAAGGGUAACAUCAAAAAGCACCAACUGAAACAUAAAGAGCCUUCACAGAAAUUUGAUGGCAAGUGCAAAGAGGUUAUAUGUAACAUUUGCAGAAGAAAGUUAAAUAUGGCAUCAGAAUUUAAGUCAACAUGUCUGAAUACCGAUAACACAAUUAUGCUUUAUGUGGAUAACGAAAAAAUGUUACAGCUCGACUUAAGAGAAGUGUACAUGCAACAAAAGAAAAGCGAGUUAGUUGAUAUUCCUUGCAGUCAGAAAAUAUGUCGAUUAUGUAUGCACCCAGUAGAAAGUGAGUUUAGGUGCAUACGUGAACAGGAACUUGAAGCUAUUGAAAAAUUGGCUCCUGAAAUGAAUAUAGAUAUCGUCAAAGAUCCCGUUGUUUGUAAGGGAUGCUUUGAUUCUCUGUGUACUCACAACACUUUCCUAAAAGAUUGCUCAGAGGUAGAAGAAAAAAUUAAAAGUGUUUUUGGUAGUUCUGCCACAGGAAGUCAAUUAGAUACUUCUGCUUUUGGUUUAUUCGUUAAAACUGAAAACCUGGACAAGGAAUUUGAUAUUGAGAUGGAAAUGUCGAUCAAAGCUGAAUAUGUGGACAUAAAAUCGGAAGAUGAGGAAAGGAGCGACACGCCACUGCGGACCUCCAAUAUUGUAUCAUUCAAUGACUGUAAAGAUGCAGAAGAGCAUGGAAGUGGGAUCCGUUUUUCAGCAAAACACGACAGCGAUUCGAAAGUAUAUAAAUAUGAAUCAUGUGAGUAUGAAACUGAAAAUAAGAGGCACCUCUUGAAGCACAAAGAUCCUUCAGAGGUCCAAAUGUACAGGUGUAACGACUGCGAUUACGAAACCAAAUACAAAUAUGCUAUCAAACUGCACCAGCUGAAGCAUAAAGAUCCUUCGUGUAAGGACUGCAAUUACGAAACUGUGUACAAGAUGAAUAUGAAACAGCACCAACUGCGACAUAAAAAGCCCUCGCAGGUUCAAAUAUACAAGUGUAAGGACUGCGAUUAUGAAACUAAAUACAAGAGUAAUAUUAAACUGCACCAAUUGAGACAUGAAGAUUCUUCUCAAGUUCAGAUGUACAGGUGCAACGAGUGCAAUUACGAAACUAAAUUAAAGGGUAAUACUUUCAUGAAGACGAAACUAAAAUGA